UGCGGGCGAGUCAUAGCCGGUCCGUCCUGCUCCAGUGAGGCCUUCGGGGAAGCAUGAUGGGGAGGCUUCCACAUCAAGGCCACCUCCGUCCUCGACUCCUUCCUCGCCUGCGAAACCUUCUGCCCCUCUUCCUCCGGCGAAACCCCCGGAUCCAUACCGUCUGGGGGUUUCCAAAAAUCUGUCUUGGGCACCGGUCAUUGCAGGGUGUGAUAGAGGAACUUCUCGAUGGAUCCCAAUAUCCCCAGAUGGGUGUGCCAGAGCUGUCGCCACGCCUUGCACGUCAUCAACGUCGAUUCCAAGAAUGACAAGUUCUUCAGCAACCCUUCCUGCUCCGGCAUGGAAGCUUCUACUGUUCAGGGAAGCGUGAUGGGCUCUAGCCAAGUGGAUCAUUCGUUUGUGGUGCUACCACGAAGCACUACUCCACAACCAGACAGUAGCCACUCUGCAAAGGUAGUCACGGAGUCAUUUGUUGUGUUACCACCUGCUGCUGCUUCAAUGUACAGGAGUGAGUCUACACCUGAAGGGAGGGGAUCCCAAGAACAGGUCCAAGGUGAAAGUCCUAGCAGUGGUUUGCAGGUCAACGACCCAAGAUUCAACUCUAGCAAAAUCUUGAAAAGGGUAUUUAAUAUUGCAACAUCCCAGACGCAGGUUGAGCAACCUAUUUGUUUGGAAUGCAUAAGACUGUUGUCAGAUAAACUUCUUGAAGAGGUUGAAGAUGUGAACCAAGACAUUGAAGCCUAUGAAUCAUGUCUUCAACGAUUUGAAAUGGAAUCCGAUGAUGUUCUUAGUGAGGCUGACUUUCUACAAGAGAAAACAAAGAUUGAGGAAGAAGAGAGAAGGCUUCAGGUUGAAAUUGAAGAAAUUGAGAAGCAGCGUUUGGAAGCUAAUGCUGAACUGAAUGAGAUACAAAUGAAAUGCAAGGAGUUUGAAGAGUUAGAGGAGCGCUAUUGGCAUGAGUUCAACUCCUUCCAAUUCCAACUGAUUUCUCAUCAGGAAGAGAGAGAUGCUCUAUUAGCCAAGAUAGAAGUUUCACAAGCACACUUAGAAUUACUGAAGCGAAUUAAUGUGCUAACUGAUGCUUUCUCUAUUUCACAUGAGGGAGAAUUUGGAACUAUUAACAACUUUCGACUUGGCCGUCUUCCUAAGAUGCGGGUUGAAUGGGAUGAAAUAAAUGCUGCUUGGGGCCAGGCAUGUCUUCUUCUACAUACCAUGGCUCAACAUUUUCGGCCAAAGUUUCUAUAUCGAAUAAAGAUUCUUCCGAUGGGAAGCUAUCCCCUUAUUUUGGACAAUAACAAUAAUGCAUAUCAACUGUUUGGUCCUGUGAAUUUGUUCUGGAGCAGUCGCUAUGACAAAGCAACGACAUUGUUUUUGACAUGCCUCAAAGAGUUUGCAGAAUUUGCAAAUCUGAAGGACCAAGAAAAUAAUACACCUCCUGAGAAAUGCUUUAGACUGCCAUACAAAAUUGAGAAUGACAAUGUGGGGAACUACACAAUCACCCAUAGCUUCAACAAGCAGGAGAAUUGGACAAAAGCUCUCAAGUACACAUUAUGCAAUCUUAAAUGGGUCCAGCUGUGGUUUGUUGCCAAUUCCAGCUUUCAGCCUCUUUCAGCGCAUGCUGAUGUUCCAGUCAUGAGAUCUUCACAUGCCAAACAAUCUGCUGACCCAAGGAGCUGAGAGUUUCGCCGAAGGCCCAUACCACUGACCUGUUUUAAAGAAACAGUCCAGAGAAUCAUGCAUAUGUAUAUAAACAAGCAAGUAGGUUUGCAAUUUGGUUUAUAGCAGCAGAUUGUUUUACUGGGAAUAAUAGAAACACUUUUGCCACAACCUCAUUCGUGUCCGCUGUAAGAACCGAUAUACGUUUAAUGCUGAAAAAAAAUUUACGUG